UAGACCACAAAAACAUGACCACGCAAGAAAACAAAUGUUUUACAACAAGACUGUAGUUGGUCAUUAAUUUAAUGGAGACUGUUUCACAUGUCUGUCUUUUCCCAUCAAGGUCCCAAGAACUAAUAAAUACCAAUUUGACAGAGAGAGAGAGGCUCAAAAGAAAGAAGAAGAACAAAACUAAAAAUGGCUCCGGGAAGAUUAUGUAACAGAGACGGCUGGAUCUUGACAGCAAUGGUUGCCACAGAGUUCUCUAACGUCGGAGUAAACACUCUGGUCAAAGCAGCAACAUCCAAAGGACUUAGCCCAUUUGUUGUUCUUGUCUACUCCUACACUUUUGGAUCUCUUCUUCUUAUUCCUCUUACCUUCUUCUCCUUAAGAUCAUCAAGAUCUCUCCCUCCCUUGACGUUUUCGAUCCUAUGCAACAUGGGAAUUCUUGGUCUACUUGCAAGUGCGUUCCAAAUCGCAGGCUACAAUGGGAUAAAAUACAGCUCGCCAACGUUAUCUUCGGCCAUGAGCAAUGUCAAUCCUGCUUUUACCUUCAUCCUCGCCGUUGUUUUUAGAAUGGAGAAUAUAUCUCUAAAGAAAAAGAGUAGUGUAGCUAAAGUGUUGGGAACAUUAGUGUCUAUAAUAGGUGCACUUGUGGUGACUCUUUACCACGGUCCAAUGUUAAUGUCGUCUUCACAUUCCGAUUGGGUCAUUGGCGGUGGCCUUCUUGCUCUUCAGUACAUCCUUGUCUCCGUCUCUUACCUUGUUAUGGCUCACACAAUGAGCCGGUAUCCAUCUGCGGUCGUUGUGACGCUCGUACACAAUGUUUGCAUUUCUGUUGUGUGUGCAUUCGUUAGUCUUUUGGUGGAGAAGGACGAUCCCAAGGCAUGGAUCAUAAGAUAUGACAUAACUUUGAUUAGCGUUGUAGCAACGGGUACUUUGAAUUCGGGUUACUAUGUUAUACAUUCGUGGGCUGUGAGCCAUAAAGGACCUGUGUAUCUGUCGAUGUUCAAACCAUUAUCCAUAUUGAUCGCGGCCGCAUCAACUUUCAUUUUCCUCGGCGAAUCACUCUACCUUGGAAGUGUGAUGGGAGGGAUAUUGAUAUCCAUAGGAUUUUACAUGGUGUUGUGGGGUAAAGCCAAAGAAGACAACGUGGACAAUUUAGGAACCAUAGAGUCGUCUCCUUCACACAAAACUCCUCUAUUGGUUAAUUAAAAGCAUUUAAUUUCAAAAUUCACAUUAAUUUUUAAUAAGUGAUGUUUUAUAAAGAUCGAUGAUAUGGUUUUACUCAUUUUACAACUUUUCAAUCAUAUAUAUAUGAACAAUGUAGUACCACCGAAAGUCAUCCUUUUUUAUUUCUUCCAAAUGUAUUAAGAAAAGUUUAACGAGAGAAAGCAUCGACAAAAC